AUGACUCAUUUCAACUGGACACUAAUCAUAAAAACCUGUCCGGAGUUUUACCCAAAUGAGUCCGAUGUCAUUCUUGCAGUUAUAGCAUUCGCAGGAUUGGUUAUGAGUUGUAUCCUCCAAUGCCGUUUCUACCAACAACUUAAAGGAUCUGUAUUCCUGUGCAACCUGGCUUCUGCCGAUGUUGUCAACUGCUUGCUCUACCUCUGGUCAUACUUCUUUACCAGCUGUGUCAUGUAUUACCGGAGUGAUGUUUUGGCGGGACUCCGUGUGUCGUUCCUCCAACAAACUAAAUCUAUCACAGAUUUCUACAAUAUUGUAUUGAACCUCCUUAUAUUUUAUAUCAUAUUCGAGAAGUUUCUUUGGACGUGUACCUCUAGAACCCGUUAUAUGUGGAAAAUGUUCACGAUGGGAGAGUAUAAGUUCUACUUGAUGGUGAUUACUGCGUUAUACGGGGUGUUUGCAACAUGCCUUACUUCUUGGAAUGUGAUGAAUCUUUCCAAAAUUCCAUUCUGUGAUGCCUCAUUUCAUCUGACUCUUUCUGAUCAACCAAGUAAGUUUAACUUGUGUUUUUCAUUCAAUAAUAGCAAAAUUCAAGUAUUCCGCACAUUCCAAACCCAUAUCAUUCAUUCGAUUUCUACUGUGGCAACUGUUCUCUCAUUUGUUUUUGCAAUGAUCACAUUGUGCAGAAUCCCUCGUGUUGGAGACGGAGAGAAACCAAACAAUCAGGAAGAUAUAGAUCUGGCUAACUUGUCAGGGGGCCCACCGAGAUUAACCACCGGUAGAAUCAAGAGAACAAUCCUCUGUAUGCUAGCCGUUUACUUCUCUUUCAUGGUCCGUGGCUUCUGUGGAUUUAUCUUUGUUCACCCUGAAACUAGCAGCAUUGCCACUCGGUCAUUGAGUAGCAGAAUUUUAAGAAACUGGUCAUACGACUUCAUGAAUGUGGUUUCCUCCGGCUCUCGGCUCAUCAUCUAUUACGUUUUCUGCCGGGCCAGAUUGGUUGUGGAGUAUGCUCCACAUGCAUUAGGACAUUGA